AUGGACUCUGCAGAAGCUGAUCUUGGGAAGGUGGUUGCUGAUGAUGCCAGCAAGAGUUACAGUGGUGUUGAAAACUCUGAGUUUAUGGCCAGUGCUAGAAUAGGGUUAAUGCAACAGUUUAAAAAGGAAGAUGUAGGGAGUGGAAGUGCAAAUGAUUAUGAGAAUGAUACCAGUGAUAAAGAAAUAGCCAUUACACAGAUGCUUAAAGAAAUGGAAGUCGGAGAAAAAGAAGACACAGAUGACACUAACUUUUAUAGUACCUCAAACAGCGAAGAAGUGACACAGCAGGCGUCACAAACUGAAUGCAGGGAUUUCAGAGUUCUCCCGGAUAGUCGUGAUCGCCGAAGGGAGAGAAUAAACCGGCAUGGAUUUCUGGAUAGAUUGAAUGUACAUAUUUGGACAUCUCUAUCAAAAGCUGAUUAUGUCAGUCUAUUAAAGGACUUCGCUGAGUCUGAGUUUUUUGUGAUAGAUGGAGAUUCUUUGCUUCUUAUGUGUUUAUGCAAGGAAACAGAAUAUCUAACCUUCUUUUACCGAGUCGAAUGCUUUCUGCAGGACUUCACUGAAAAAGGAGCAAAAUAUGUCAUUGUUUUCUUCAAGGAUGCGGAACAGAUGUACUUUGCAUAUCCCCGUUUUCUUUUCCUGCGUGUUGCAUUAAUAGAACACCUGAAGCAUAACACAGACAUCAGUGUUCAUGCAGAGUUUUCCAAUUGUUUAUCAGCAGAAUGGGAGAUUUUCCUGAAGAAUAGCUAUCCUUAUUUCAUCAUCAUAUCUGACAUAGGACUGACCUCUCUUCAAACAGAGUAUUUAUUCAUCUUUAUUGCUCAUUCCUUGUCGAAGAAGAUCAAUGUCGUGCUCACUUCAGGACAGGAAUAUGAUAUUCUUAGAGUUUAUGGAUAUCAUCUUCAGAGUUUGGGGAACCACAGAUUAUUCUUUCAAAGGCAGGAAAAAAACAUGCGACUUGCCUGUGAAGCUGUGGUCAGGGACACAGCAACAUCCCUGCGUCUGUAUGGACAGCUCGAGAUGAACCUGCAAGGAAUAAAAACAGAGGUAGGCCAGACUAUUCUUGUCUUGAAACAACUAUGGCCGAAAGGAUCUGACAUUAGGCGUGUGGUCUGUGUCCUUGCUUGUGCAGUGUUAUUAAAAAUCUACAGCAAUAUGUGUAAAAAUGCAAACACUUUCAUGGGAACACGGAAGAAGCCAUCCAAAACAAGAGAAAGUAAACCACUAUCUCCAGAGGAAGCAGCUGACCUCUGUAGAAUGCAGUGUCUCACAGUGGUUUUUCUUAUUCAUAUGCCUCUUUCACAGAGAGCUCAAAUGAGGGUCAUCAAAUCAUGUUGGACUGAGAGAGUUUUGCCAUUAAUAAAAAUGCAUGAGCUUUGUGCACAUUUUGUUCUGAAAUGUCUAAGUGAUAUGAACAAUUGGAAAUUGGAUUUAACCUAUCUGCCUGACUUAAGUGAUAACUCACUGCUCAGAAACCUUGCACUUUACUAUGAGACAGAAGACUGUAAAGGUUUAAAGUUUCAAAAAAAGCUGGGAAAAGACAUAGAGAAAGAAUACCGUUUUUUAUGGGAUACUGUAAACAAGUUGGCUGUGAAAUAUGAUUUUGGAGGUGCUUUCCCAGUACGAAAUACCUCACAGCUAUUUCUUGAACAGAAACAGCGAUUUUUUAGAGAAUGUGAAGAAGAAAUUCCUCACGUUGGACUAAUCCCACUGAAAUGUGAUCUUGUUGAAGAGUAUGCAGGAGAUGUUUUGAAAAGUCUACCUGUUUUAGAAAGCAAUGAUCCUGCAAUUACUUCCCUAAUAACACGCAAAGAAUUUGAUGAACUUCGUCACUGGCAUUCUGGCAAACCUCUGACUGAGGAAUACGAGAGAGCUCAGCGCGCUGCUGAUGCAAUAUCCAAAGAUCCAUAUGAAAGAAGACAAAUACAAAAGCUACAGACUUUCUAUCGUUUUUAUGGAAGCACUUUGGAAAGCAGCACUUCAAAGACUAUUGUUUACCAAGGGGCUGUGCCCGCGAAUGCUAAUGCUGCUGACAAAAAGACAAAGAAGACACGUAAAAGUAAAGCAGAAAUAAUUGCAGAAGAAAACAUGAAGCGACUAAACAUUAUAAAAGAAAAGAAAGAGCAAGAGCAAUGGGAAGCCUUCAGAAUGUCAAUUAAGAAGGAAAUAAAGCAGAAUCCGACUGUUGGAAUAGAUAAAUUAGAGAAGUUUCUCAAGACCCUUCACAUCAAAUCUGUGAAGCUGAGAACAGAAAUAGCAGGGCUGUCAGCCUGUUCGGAAGCGUGGAAGGCACACUGCAGAAAGCAAGGUAAGAGUCCUAAAGAUUUAAGCAUUGCUGUCCAAGUGAUGAGGAGAGUUCAUAUCCUCCUUGAAAAAUACCAGGAUCUCUUGGAGAAACCACACUUAGAAAAGCUCAUCAGAUGUCUAAGACGUCUUGGAUUCGAGAAUUUGGCAUGCUCUUUGUCUGGACAGGUAAGAGAAAGUGAUGAUCAGCGUAUAAACAUCUAUGCUACUGAAGUGGGACCAGCUCGUUUUCAGCUACAAUAUAUGGACUAUUACUUGCUCAGAGAAGAGAGAAAUGAUCCAGAUCCUAGAGUGCAGCAUUUCAUACCAGACACAUGGCAGCGAGACCUUCUUGAUGCUGUAGAUAAUAAUGAGUCUGCAGUGAUUGUUGCUCCCACUUCAUCGGGAAAAACAUAUGCUUCAUACUAUUGCAUGGAAAAAGUUCUGAAAACAAGCAAUGAAGGAGUAGUUGUGUAUGUUGCUCCUACAAAGGCUCUUGUAAACCAAGUGAUGGGAAUUGUAUAUAGCCGAUUCACCAAGAAACUUCCUGAUGGAUUGGCGGUGUGUGGAGUCUUCACACGGGAUUAUAACCGUGAUGUCAUGAAUUGUCAGAUACUGGUCACUGUGCCUCAGUGUUUAGAAAUCCUGAUGCUGUCCCCUCACUGCCAGGAAUGGACCAAGCGGAUACAAUAUGUUAUAUUUGAUGAGAUCCAUUGCCUUGGUGGUGAAAUUGGAGCAGAGGUUUGGGAGCAUCUUCUGGUAACAAUUCGGUGUCCAUUUUUGGCACUGUCUGCUACUGUCAGUAACCCAGAGCACCUAACUGAGUGGUUACAAACUGUGAAAAGGUAUUGGCAGCGUGCUGAGAAAACAAUGGAAAAAAGCUCUAAACACUCUAAAGAGAAUUCUUCAAGAAAAUGCAAAGUGAAAUCGAAAGUACAAGAACAAAAAAAAUCAUAUCAUGUUAGACUGGUUCUAUAUGGAGAGAGAUACAACGAUUUAGAAAAGUACGUGUGUUCUGUAAAGGACACUGAUUUUCUUAUUGAACAUUAUCACCCAUGUGCUGCAUUAACAGUCAAUCACAUUGCAAGCUAUGGUUUUCCUUCAGACCUGUCGCUGUCACCACGAGAGAGCAUCCAGCUGUAUGACACAAUGGUAGAAAUCUGGCAGGAGUGGCCAAGGGCACAGGAGCUAGAUCCUGAGGAGUUUGUCCUUUUCAAGAACAAAGUGGUAAUAAAGAAGAUGGAUGUGAGGAAGUAUGAACAAGAACUGAAGAAAGAGCUAACCGAAUGGAUUGCAGUUGGCCAAGGACAAAAGGUUCAUGAGCUACUAGAGCAUCUUAAGCCCAGACCCAUGGAUUGCUCAAAAGAGAAUAAGUGGGCCAAUUUUGCCUGCUUUGUUGACAAGUUGCAUGAGAUGGAUAAAUUGCCUGCUAUAUUUUUUAUUUUUAACAUAAAUUCAGUGGAGGAGGCAGCCCGGAGCGUAUAUGCCAAUUUGAAGGAAAAACAAAAAAAUGAACAAGACCCUAAGUUGCUCUCUGAUAUUGAGAGAGCAAAAGAAAAUGUGAGAGAGCAACUAAGAAAAGUGAAUAAGGAGCUAAGGAAAUACCACAUUUCUGUUAUCCAAAAAAUGGUUUCCAAGAAGGUAGAGAGUGUAAUGCUUGCUCUGGCUGAAAAAGAACGCUUACAGAAAAGACUUAAAAAGCUUAAUGGAAUCCCUUCUGCAUAUACUUACGCCAAUUCUAAGGCUGUGGAUGAAGAGACUUUGAACAAGAUCUUGGAUCGAGUUAAGCUUCAGAAGAAAGGUUAUGAGCAGACAAUGCUGGCACUGAGGGGCAUUGGGUACCAUCAUGGCUCUAUGUUCGCCAAGGAAAGACAAGUAGUGGAAAUGCUCUUUAGGUUGGGUUAUAUUAAGGUAGUCACAGCUACUGGAUCACUCGCUUUAGGGAUCAACAUGCCUUGUAAAUCUGUUGUCUUUGCUGAAGACUCUGUCUUUUUAGAUGCCCUAAAUUACAGACAGAUGUCAGGACGUGCUGGAAGACGUGGACAAGAUAUGAUUGGAAAUGUGUUCUUUUAUGACAUCCCACUGCCCAAGGUUGAAAGACUUAUCAAAUCCAGUGUGCCUCAACUGAAAGGCCAGUUUCCUCUGACAAUUUCCUUAGUCCUGAGACUCAUGCUGUUGUCUGCAAGGGCUGAUGACAAAGCAGAUGCCAGAGCAAAGGUAUUGUCCAUCUUGAAGCACUCACUGAUGUCCUUCAAGCAGGAAAGACAUGCUGAACUCCUAAAAAUCUAUUUUAUCUUUUCCUUGCAGUUUCUUAUCAAAGAG